GUUCUGUUGCACUUCACAGGACCCAGCUCCCUAGAGCACCCACCUCAGGUACAGUGGAUUUUCUAGGAAACAGAUUUCCAGUGGAGACCAAACUUCUGUGAUCACAAACCUUUGGUUUUUGUUCCUGUGUGCUCAUCCAACAAAGUAUUCCUUGCCUAGUUCAGAGGAGGCUGAAAUCCAUGUAUGGACCUGCAGCUGCCACAGAGCAGAUUCUUGCGUAUCCUGAGCACACCAUCAUUCCAUGGACAAGAUGUCAUCAGCAGGUUUAAAGGCUGGGAAGAAGAAUGCAUACACAGCAAUCAAAGUAGAUCCUGGUGAGGAUUAUUGUACCCCAGGGGCAUUUGAACUGGAGCGACUCUUCUGGAAAGGAAGCCCCAAGUACACUCAUGUCAACGAAGUCUGGCCCAACCUCUACAUAGGAGAUGAGAAAACUGCCUUAGAUCGCUACAGCCUGGAGAAAGCAGGCUUCACCCACAUCCUCAACGCAGCCCACGGGGAGAGGAAUGUCAACACAGGACCAGAAUAUUACCAAGACAUGCCUGUGGAGUACCAUGGAGUGGAAGCAGAUGAUCUCCCCACUUUCGACCUCAGCCAGUUCUUUUAUUCAGCCUCUGAAUUCAUUGAUAACGCCCUUCAGGAUGAAAGAAACAAGGUCCUGGUUCACUGUGCCAUGGGUCGCAGCCGCUCAGCCACCUUGGUCUUGGCUUACCUGAUGAUUUACAAGAACAUGAGCGUGGUGGAUGCCAUUGAGCAAGUCUCAAGACACCGAUGCAUCCUGCCAAACAGGGGCUUCCUGAAGCAGCUGAGAGAACUGGACAUAGCCUUGGCACUACAGAGGACCAACACCAAAACCAGCCCACCAGCUGCUGCUGCUGCUGAGAACAGCACCACCAUCUAAGUAUUGCUCCUGGCAGGGUUGUGCUACUGGAAAAGAAACUUCAGAAGAGAAGGGGAAGGUGGAGUUAAUGACACAGUCACAAGGAACAUUUGUUAUUUGGAGGGAAAAACCCAAGUCGUUUCAAAGGCUGUUGAGAGAGAAGCCAAAUUUAAAACCCAGUUUGCUAGAACGUUCCUGACUUAGCAGAAUUCUUUGUGACAUCCACAAAUAAAGUUUUUUCUGUAAAAAAAAAAAA